AUGGCGGAAGCACUGGCAGAUAAGCUUAAGGCGACGAACUUGAGCGAUGGCGCCGCAUCAGAGGACUGGAAGAAGAGCUUGAACCUGCCUGCCAGGGACAACAGACAUCAAACUGAGGAUGUCACAAACACCAAGGGUCUGGAGUUUGAAAACUUCCAACUGAAGAGAGACUUAUUGAUGGGCAUCUUCGAGGCUGGAUUCGAGAAGCCGUCGCCCAUCCAAGAAGAAGCAAUCCCCGUCGCCCUGACCGGUCGUGAUAUCCUCGCGCGUGCGAAGAACGGUACCGGAAAGACUGCCGCCUUCGUCAUCCCCGCCCUCGAAAAGAUCAACCCCAAGGUCUCCAAGAUUCAAGCCCUCAUCCUCGUCCCCACUCGCGAACUCGCCAUGCAAACAUCACAAGUCUGCAAGACACUCGGCAAACACCUCGGAAUCAAUGUCAUGGUCACCACCGGAGGUACUGGUCUCCGAGACGAUAUCAUCCGCCUCCAGGACCCCGUCCAUAUUGUGGUUGGUACCCCCGGCCGAAUCCUCGAUCUCGCGGGCAAGAACGUCGCCGACCUCAGCGAAUGCCCCAUGUUUAUCAUGGACGAGGCUGACAAGCUUCUCUCCAUCGAAUUCACUCCCGUCAUUGAGCAGCUCCUCCAAUUCCACCCCAAGGACCGCCAGGUCAUGCUCUUCUCCGCCACUUUCCCCCUCUCUGUCAAGGACUUCUCCGACAAGAACAUGGUCAGCCCGUAUGAGAUCAACCUCAUGGAUGAGCUUACCCUGCGCGGUAUCACCCAGUACUACGCCUUUGUCGAGGAGAAGCAAAAGGUCCACUGCCUCAACACCCUCUUCUCCAAGCUUCAAAUCAACCAGUCCAUCAUCUUCUGCAAUUCAACCAACCGAGUCGAGCUGCUGGCCAAGAAGAUCACCGAGCUGGGCUACUCAUGCUUCUACAGCCACGCCAAGAUGGCCCAACAAGCGAGAAACCGCGUGUUCCACGACUUCCGCAACGGCGUGUGCCGUAACCUCGUCUGCUCCGAUCUUCUCACCCGUGGUAUCGAUAUUCAGGCUGUAAAUGUCGUUAUCAACUUUGACUUCCCCAAGAACGCCGAGACUUACCUGCAUCGCAUUGGUCGCUCUGGUCGUUAUGGCCACUUGGGUCUGGCCAUUAAUCUUAUCAACUGGGAUGACAGAUUCAACCUCUACAACAUCGAGAAGGACCUUGGAACCGAAAUCCAGCCCAUCCCUGCCAGCAUCGACAAGUCCCUCUACGUCUACGAAAACCCCGAGUCCAUUCCGAGACCCAUCUCCAACUUCCGUACCGGUCAGCCUGGCCAGGCCCAGCAGCAGCAGCAGCAGCAGCAGCAACAGCCUGGUCAGAUCCAAGGCCAGCAAUUGCCUCUCCAGGGAGGCCCUGCACCGGGCAACUGGCAGACUCAGCAGCCCCAGCAAGGCCAGCAGAAUGGAUACCAGGGCGGCGGUAGGGGCCGCGGCCGCGGCCGUGGUGGCUACCGUGGUCAGAACCGUGGCGGCUACGGCGGCCGAGGACGUGGUCAAGGCCAAGGCCAGGGCCACCCCCAACCCCAAGGACAGACGUCCUAG